AUCACGUGGUUGAAGCAUCACGAAGCUGGCUGUAUCGCAGCGCGUUUCCACUAUGAAGCAUCAUCGCGACUGCUGCGCAAUUUGACUGCAAGCCUUUGCUACCAAUUCCACCUAGGCAGCUCUCCAAACGCACAGGUUAUGCCACUCCACAGGCUUCCUGAAACCCCCACUGUGAAAGAGAAGGGCUGAUCCCCAAGCUCUAGCUACUCUCCUCCCACCUCCACCCACCUCCCUCCCUAACCACACAUAGCCCCCCACUCCCACUCCGCCGGACCCCGGACCCCAUGGCUGCAGGAGGCCAUGCCCCUGAGAAGGAUGUGUUGAUCAACCUGCAUCAGGAGGAGGAGGAUGAGGAAGGUUCCACAGAGGAGCAUGAAGAGGAGGAGGAGGAGGACUGGGAGAAGGCAUUAUCAGUGGAGAGGUUCGGGGACAUCAUCACUGAGUCCGUGUUCAGCAGCGGAGACAAAAUGGGCCGCAACUACAACGAAAAGGAUUUUGAGUAUCAUCGGCACACCUUUCACCACACUCACCACCCCCUGUCCACCCACCUGCCCCCGCCCCAGCGCCUACGCAAGCGGGUGCUCAGCAUGGACAGCGACCGCCGGCGCAAGAAGAAACGAAAGAAAAAAAAGACCUCCAUGCCGCCCUCGGAGGUCACGCCCACCAUCCAUGAGGUAGAUGAGGAGGAGGAGGAGGCGGAGUCUGAGACAGAGGGGCGGGACCAAGAGGCCACGCCCACUGAUCAGCCUGACAACCAACCACAGUUUAGCUUGGGGAGUGAGGAGGAUUUGGAUCCGGCUCUCCCUUUCACUUCCUUCCACAUGGAGAGCGAACAACAUCUGCCGUCAGAGAAGGCCACACUGGCCACGGCAGAGGAGGUGGUGGUGGAGGAGGAGGAGGAGGAGGGGGAACAGCAACAGGAGGUUCGGGAUCAACCGGAGGAUGAGGAAGGUGAUGAAGAGUCCAACAACAGGUGCCCCCCCUCUGUGGACCCCCCUAGUGUGACCACCUGCGGCUGGUUCAGGAGGAGUCCCCUCCACCCUGCACCGAGGACCAGUUACGACCUGCGGGAGCGCAUCUGCAUCGGCAGUAUGACGACCAUGGAAACAGCCGUGUACCAGAAAGUGCCCACUGACGACGCUGAGGCUGAGAUGCUGGCUAGCGCUGAUCUGGACGACAUGAAAAGUCACCGAUUCGAGGACAACCCUGGAGUGAGGCGUCACCUGGUGAAGAAGUCAUCUCGAUGCCAGCUCCUCCAGACCACCAACAGCUCUUCUCAACUGUCCAGCGUGAAGAAGAAGAGGACGGCUGACAAGAAGACCCAUGAGGUGUUUGUGGAACUCAAUGAGCUGAUAGUGGAUAAGAACCAGGAAAUGCGCUGGAAGGAGACGGCCCGCUGGAUCAAGUUUGAGGAGGAUGUGGAAGAGGAGACAGACCGCUGGGGAAAACCCCACGUGGCUUCGCUUUCCUUCCGUAGUCUGCUGGAGCUCCGCAGGACCAUCACACAUGGUGCCGUCCUUUUGGACCUGGAGCAGACCACCUUGCCUGGUAUUGCUCACCUGGUGGUGGAGACCAUGAUCAUCUCAGACCAGAUCAGAGCGGAGGACCGGGCCAACGUGCUCCGUGCCCUGCUGCUCAAACACCAAUUCAGUUUUCCUAGGCCCAGUUUGGUCCCUAGGCCCAGUUUGGUCCCUAGGCCCAGCUUGGUCCCAGAUCCCGACACAAGCCCUCCAGUAAAGAAGAGGACAGAAUGCCACCCCAACGACGAAAAGGAGGGCCUCUUCCAUCGCAACCACUCUAGUAACAGCCUUCAAGGCAGCUUCCACCGCAACCACAACCACGUUCCCAACACUGCGUUGCCCCUUGUGGCCGAAGACCAUGCAGCGGUCCACCACCACCAUGACAACAAAGCACCAGACCAUGACAAAGAGAAAUCACAUCACCCCCCCUUGCCGACGGCUCACGACCAUCAGGUUACCAAACACACAAAACUCUUAGCCAAGAUUCCCAAGGACGCCGAAGCAACCGUGGUCUUAGUGGGGUGUGUGGAGUUCUUGGAGCAGCCGGCCAUGGCCUUCAUCAGGCUGAGUGAGGCGGUGCUGCUGGAGUCGGUCCUGGAGGUGCCGGUGCCAGUCCGUUUCCUCUUUGCCCUGCUCGGCCCCGCUCAGUCCAACAUGGACUAUCACGAGAUCGGACGCUCCUUCUCCACCCUGAUGUCUGACAAGAACUUCCACGAGGUGGCUUACUUCGCGGAUGACCGGCAGGACCUGCUGAACGGCAUCAAUGAGUUCCUGGACUGCAGCAUCGUUAUCCCCCCGUCGGACGUGGAGGGCAAGGACCUGCUAAAGACGGUAGCCUCCUUCCAGAAGCAGAUGCUGCGCAAGAGGAAGGAGAGAGAGAACAUUAAGAAGGGCAUGACCCAUACCACCCCCGGGACAGACCAGGAGACCAAAGAGGUGAGCCAGGACGAGCAGGAAGAGGAGGACCAAGAGGUGGACCCCAUGAAGCGGUCAGGCAUCCCAUUCGGGGGCCUCAUCCAUGACAUCAGGCGACGCUACCCACGCUACGCCAGUGACAUCAAGGACGCCUUGGACUCACAGUGCAUUGCCGCCAUCAUCUUCAUCUACUUCGCAGCCCUCUCGCCCACCAUCACCUUCGGAGGACUGUUGGGAGAGAAAACAGAGGGCAUGAUGGGAGUCUCUGAGCUUAUCAUCUCCACGGCGACCCUGGGGGUGCUGUUCUCGCUGUUGGCCGGACAGCCCCUGCUCAUCAUCGGAUUCUCAGGACCGCUGCUGGUGUUUGAGGAGGCCUUCUACAAGUUCUGCCAGGCCCAGGGCUUUGAGUACCUGACUGGCCGGGUGUGGAUUGGCUUCUGGCUCGUCUUCAUAGUGCUGUUGAUAGUAGCGGCCGAGGGCAGCUUCUUGGUCAAAUACAUCUCACCCUUCACCCAGGAGAUCUUCGCCUUCCUCAUCUCGCUCAUCUUCAUCUAUGAGACCUUCUCGAAGCUCAUCAAGGUAUUCCAGGAGCAUCCUUUGAUGAGAAGCUACCCGCCUGCUCUCAGCCUGCCCGGUAUGGACUUCAUCAACCCCACAGACCCCGGGGGCCCGGUCCUAAACCAACCCAACACAGCCUUGCUGUCUCUCGUCCUUAUGCUUGGCACCUUCUUUGUGGCCUUCUUCCUCAGGAAAUUGCGCAAUAGUCGCUUCCUGGGCGGGAAGGCCAGAAGAGUCAUCGGAGACUUUGGCAUCCCCAUCUCCAUCCUCUUCUCUGUACUGUUGAGUUACUCCAUCCCCGACACGUACACCCAGAAGCUGAAUGUACCAUCUGGUUUCUCGGUCACGUCUCCUGACAAGCGGGGCUGGUUGAUCAGUCCAUUCGGUGACAAGAAGCCCUUUCCCUUGUGGAUGAUGGGGGCUUCGGUGGUGCCCGCCCUCCUUGUCUUCAUCCUCAUCUUCAUGGAGACACAGAUCACCUCACUAAUCGUCAGCAAGAAGGAGCGUCGCCUGGUCAAGGGAUCGGGCUUCCACCUGGACCUGCUGCUCAUUGUCACGCUGGGCGCCAUGUGCCCUCUGUUAGGCCUGCCCUGGCUCACAGCCGCCACUGUGCGCUCUGUCACGCAUGUCAACGCCCUUACUGUCAUGAGCAAGGCCACAGCGCCUGGCGAGAAGCCUAUGAUCCAGGAGGUGAAGGAGCAGCGGGUGACGGGCCUGGUAGUUGCCGUGCUCGUGGGCAUGUCUAUCGUGAUGACGGACGUGCUCCGUAACAUCCCACUGGCCGUGCUGUUCGGGAUCUUCCUCUACAUGGGCGUCACGUCGAUCACUGGCAUCCAGCUCUACGAGCGCAUCACACUCAUGUUCACGCCCGCCAAGCACCACCCCGACCACAUAUACGUGACCAAGGUGAAGACGUGGCGUAUGAACAUGUUCACCAUCAUCCAGCUGGCCUGCAUUGUGCUACUGUGGGUGGUCAAGUCGACCGUGGCCUCACUCGCCUUCCCCUUCAUCCUCAUCAUGACCGUGCCGCUCCGCCGCCUCAUCCUCUCCCGGAUCUUUGAGGAGCGUGAGCUUCAGGCGCUCGACGGGGAAAAUGAGGACUCCCCCAACUUUGACGAGGAUGGUCGGGACGAGUAUAAUGAGAUUCACAUGCUUGUGUAGACACGUCACACGGGUAGGCCCAAUCGGCUCUCUCCAUCUUCCAAGGCUCUCUCCAUCUUCCAAUCACGAGCAUGUUUCUUAUUACGUCUGGGAGCUGUGUCUUGAAAACACUCAGAUGACGUUUUUCCUCUCAAAGAGGUCAGUAGCUCUGCUGCCCUACUGUUGCUGAGCGUGUCAGGAAUCCUCAAGUGCGUGACAUGGACAUUGCACCUUUUAAACACAGACCAAUAAUUCAUAAACACUCGUCCCCACUCAAACCCUGGACAUGGGUUCUUCCUCUUACUUUUAACGGUCAAGCUCUCUACAGGUUCCGGGCGUAAGUGCAAUGACAACAACCCCAAGUACUCCAGUAGGUUGGUUUUCCCUCCCAGUGUUGGAGUCCCAUUUAUUUGGGGCACUGGUGGAAUGAACACUGGUUGUAUGACAGCCACACUGGUUUCACUGGGAGCCAAUACUCCACUGCCCUCCUCAGCAUAACUGCCUUUUUACCCUUCUUCGUACUGUAGCCAUUAUCAGUGGAAUUCAAUGACCACGUUAACCAAACAGGAAGUUCGGCAUUAUUUUCACUGUGUGCCCUCCCUUUAGUUGUGUGCUCCUCACAGGAUACGUUACCUUUUGACCUUUGUGAUUCACCUGCACCGACACACCAGUUCCCUGGUCCAAUAACAGGAGAAGAUACAUUUGUUGAUCCCCUCUCAAUGCAGUUCUCCCGGAAACGAAGAUACAGUACAUGAGGAUUACGUGUGUUUUGGAGAGAUGUUACUUUAUAAGGUAUAUUCUGCCCAACAGGCCAAUCCAAUGAUUGUGGAUGCAUACAAGUAAACACAUUGAGAUCUGCUGACCUUGAACAUGUUUAAAUUUUUCUUACCGAAUUAAAUGUUAGCCUACCUAUUUACUUUAGUUUGUUGUUAGUUGCCAAAAUUAUAUGAAGCGAUAUUGACAUAUGGGAUGCAUUCUAAAUGCCUGUUAGUUGGAGGAAUUUGCAAUUAUUAACAUUAUUCAAAACCUUUGUCAAAGUCACUGGAAUUAUACCACAGGUAUCAAAAUCACUGUGUAGCACCACUGUCAUUGUGUACUUCCAUGUUCUGUAGGCAACUGUUGGGUGUGAAGGGUACUAUAGCAUAAGGUAAAACUAACCUUUGUAAAGCAAAUAGAUCAUUGAUCAUUGGUUUUGUGUCCCUGUUGUGUACACAAACCAUUCAAGGAAAUAUUUAAAAUUAUACACACAGGUGGUUCAGAAGUGAUAAUAUACAACUUGGCAUGUGUUUAACAUGUACAGUGAUUGGAAUGGACUCUUUUCCCCAAGGUUCAGGUUUCUACCCCACACAGAAUGUUUGUCUGUUUAAAAUGGACUAUGUUAUCAUGAACAGUGCUGCAGAACCAUAGGUUUAAAUUGAUACACGUGAAGUGGAGACCAUGUUUCAAAUAUUGAAGCAUCUGCUGAAUUUGUCGAAAUUAUGUAUUGUAUAAUAUGAUAAUGCUUUUUUUUUUUUUUAAAUAGACCCCACUAGAGAAGUGUAACAUCACAUGUCUUAUUGACUCUUGUCGUACAAACACUACACUCUUAGAAAAAAAGGUUCUAAAAAGGUUAUUUGUGGAGGGAUAGGGUUCUACCAUGAACCGUUUUCAUCUGAAGAUCCCUUUUUGGAAGACAAGGGUUCUUUGUAAGGGAAAGGGUUCUACCUAGAACCUUUAAUAUUCUAAGAACAGUUUUUGGAGGAAAGAGUUCUUUGAUAAUUCUUUGGAUGGCAAUAAGGAUUCUUUGGAAGGCAAGGGUUCUUCAUAGAACCAUAUAUCAUACAGUAUUUCCCAGCAUGCUCUAGGUAGAACCAUAUACAGGGAGUUCUAUAACGAACACUAUAUAAAAGAUUCAAGAUAGAACCCUCUGCAAAGGGUUCCCCCUAUGGGGACAAUCCGAAGAACCCUACAAGGUACUACUAUUUAGCAGCUUUUUUCCCUAAGAGUGUAGAUACUGGAAUUGCAAUGGCAUGUUGUGUAUGGACAACCUACUUAGCCCCUACCGUGUGAGACGUAUUGAAUGUACAGGCCUAUAUAGUAAGUUUCCAGGGAUGUUGUUUUGAUAGUCUCUACUUUGUCUGCACUGUUUCUUCCGCUGCUCUGUUAAACUGGAGGUAUGCUAGCGUCAACUUGGCUUCUGAAGGAAGGACUUAAGUCAAUAGAAUCUCAGACCAAAGUGGCCGUGCUUUACUCUGGGCUUGGAGUAAUAGACAGCUACUGGCAUUGUAUUUGGCAUGUCAAAGGCAAAAGGUAUCACUGUUACCAUGGCGUCAGACAUGAAAAUGGGAAGAGGGCAAGGGGAGAAAGCUUCCCCCUCACUUGAUGUGAAGGAAAAAUGGGGAAAGGUCAUUGUUGUUUGAGAACACGGGCUUGCUGGUGUGUUGAGGGCUACCAGAGAUCCCCGUGGCCCUGUGGUGGAUAUGCCUACACUCAGUAAAACAAUCACUCAAUCACUGGGAAAAAAAAUAAAGAUUUGGAAGAGUGGUUAUUAUUCAAGAUAAUAAAAAGGUAUAGUGUAGCCACUUUCUUCUGUUCUGUCUGGAUUCCUCAAGAUUUGGAGCAGGGACAUGAAAAGAAAAUAGUUCUAGGCCCAUGAAAAAGGCCUGGCAUGUUAGAUGUUGGGAAUCCACAAUGUUUCGUCGCCUGAUACCUCCAUGCUAGUACAGACCAGACCACCCACCCAAAAUCUAGGAAUAUAGCGUUAUUUGUUAGCCGCUGCUACUUACCCGUCUCUCACUUGAAGUCUCUGGGAUCUUUUUUUUCUUCAUUUGAUUGGAUGACUAGGACAUUUGUGAAGGCGUUAGGAAGUACUGUAGACAAUCAGAAAUGUAUGCAAUUAGAUUACCUGUAUAUCUUUUAUGUAUCUACCUUCAUAAGUAAUAAGAUAGCACUGCUAACCCUGUGGCAACAUCCUAUUGUAUGUCCAGUUUUUUAAUUUUUAUUAAUGGGUCAUUCCCAACUUGUCCUACAAGUUUGCACCAUGUAAUGAAUACAAAGUUAUAAAGGUGACGGUCCCCUUUAAAGGGAUAGUUCAAGAUUUUGACAAUGAAGCUACGAGCUAGUUACCUCAAUGCUAACUAGCAUUAACACAAUGACUGGAAGUCUACUGGAACAGUUAGCAUUAGCACCAGUCAUUGUGCUAAUGCUAGUUAGCAUUGACUCGCAAAUACUGUACGCAGAGACAUAAAAAUGGUAUCCACUAGUUCAUCAGACUCUGGGGAAGUAGAUAACGGGUUUAUUGUUAGGUAGGUGAAUUUGACUUUAAUUGACGGUCUUGUGGCAUUUAAAGGAUUUCCUGCAGCUCACUUGUAAUGAAGAACUUAUGACAUAUCUCUCAAUGAAGGACAAUGUUUUUAGUGUCACUCUUAAGAAGGUGAGUAUGGUUUAUACAUGCUAUACCUGUGUUAAAAUCAUCCUGAAGCCAUGUCACACACAAAUAUAGUGACACACAUACACACACAAAGAUAAGUCUUUCUGCUCUGAAAACGAUACCUGAUGAAGUGGGGUUUGUCUGUCUGAGAAAAAAAAGUAUGUGAGUUAAUUUUAUGAUAAAUUAUGAAUUACUUUAGCAUUAGCAAUACUGAAAGAUACUUAUGUUAUGUGGAUACUUGAAUAGCGGUUCAGCCUGUUAUUAUUGUAAAGGGGUUUUCAAACUACUGUAAAACAAAUUGUUAUUUUUUUGUCUGAAAAUAAAUAUUUGUGUUUCAAA